AUGGGUGAAAACAAAGAUGCGAACGCGCCUCGAACGGUCGUCGAGAGUGCGAAGGCGUCGGAUUCGAUCGCAGUAGAGGUGCCGAUGAUUGACGCGUCGACGACGAGCGAUGAGAAGGAGAACGCGGGCGGCAACGCGGCGAAUGGGAAGGAUUCGUCGACGAAGAGGAACUCGACUUCGGCGCCGACGCCGACGCCGCCGGAGCGUGAGCCAGAUGUCGAUGAUGGGACCAGAAACGGGCGAAGACGGGUGCGGGCGACGAAGAAGGCGAAUGUGUUGGCAGAGUCAAGUGAUAGCGAUUUCGACGCAACCGCGGAGGUCGAUGAGGAGGAGGAGGACGAUGACGAGUUCGACGCGGAUGAGAGCGAGAGCGAGAGCGAGAGUGAAGACGAUGAUUUCUCCGAGAGUGAGUCGCCGGUGAAGAAGACGAAGAAGCCGGUGAAGAAGGCCUCCGCGGCGACGAAGGCUUCUGCGCCGGUGACGAAGACGAAUGGUCGUAAUAAGACGACCGUGAACACGACUUCUGUCGCGGCGAAAUCAUCCGAACCAAAGGAUUUGAGCGCCGCUGAGGUGCUCGGAGGGGUUGGACCGGAACAGUACGCGGCCAGAGAACGCUUGAAGUUUACGUUCCUUCAGCCGGAGAACAUCAAGGACGCCAAGGGUCGACGUCCGAGCGAUCCGGAUUACGAUCCGUCCUCGCUCUUGUUGCCGUCAACUUUCCCAAAGUUGCGCGACGCAAACGGGCAGCCAUGGACGGUUUCACCUGGUCAGGCUCAGUGGUGGCGAUUCAAGGCCGCGAACUUUGACUCGGUUUUGCUUUUCAAAAUGGGCAAGUUUUACGAAAUGUUUGAGAUGGACGCGCACAUAGGCGUGCGAGACUUGGGUUUGAUGUACAUGAGGGGAGACCAACCGCACGCUGGAUUUCCAGAGAAGAAUUACGCCAUGCACGCCGAGCAGCUCGCUCGCAAGGGGCAUCGCGUGGUUUGUAUUGAACAGACCGAGACCCCGGAUCAAUUGGCAGAGCGUAAGAGAAAGGAUAAGACGUGCAAGGAUACGGUGGUGCGACGCGAAAUGGUUCAAGUGUUGACGAAGGGCACGAUGGUCGAUACGGGCAUGUUAAAUUCUUCUCCGGACGCCGCGUACGUGUGUUCGAUCGUAGACGGUGGUGUGGAGGACGAUGGAGAUGGAUGGGUCGGUUUAUGCGCUGCGGACUGCGGUACGGGUCGAUUUCUUGUGGGCGCGUGGCGCGAUGAUGAAGGAGCAAGUUGUUUGCGAACCGCGCUUGCCGAGCUUCGACCGGUCGAAAUUCUGGUGCCACCGUCGGGUAUGAGCACUCGGACGAAUGGUGCGGUAUUAGAAAUGUGUUCGAGCGCGCAGCAACGUACGUUCAAGACGACGAGCGCUGCUGAUGCGAUCCAAGAUGUGGAGACAGAGGGCUAUUUCAAAAAUCUCAAGAGCGGUUUGCCAGCGGCAAUCAAGGAGUUGCGCGACACCGCGUGCGAUCCCGCUCGCGAGUGCGGAAUAUCCGCUUGGGGCACUAUUGUGGCGUACUUAAGAGCGGCGUUGAUCGACGCUGACUUGGUACCGCAAGGGCGAAUCGAAUCACUCCACACAACAGAGGCGGAUACUCGGGAGCAGUUGGCGCGCUGGGCGCAUUCUUCACACGUUGCCAUGGAUGCCGCCGCGCUCUCCGGUCUCGAAGUGUUAGAGAAUACUGCAGGAGGAUCCGCUGGGACGUUGUUGGCAUCGCUUGAUCGAUGCGCGAGUGGGCCUGGACGUCGAUUGUUGCGCCGCUGGGUGUGCAGACCGUUGAUGAGCCCAUCCGCCAUCAAGGCUCGUCAGAUAGCAAUCGCAGCUAUGCGAGGGAGUGGCUUAGAAGUCACGGGUAUCGCUCGUAAACUUUUGCGCGAGGCACCAGAUACCGAGCGCGCGAUAUCUCGUGUGGUCGGUUCGAGUGGUGGACGAGGUAGAGAUGCGGCGCACGUCGUUUUGUACGAGGACAUGGCGCGUGCAAAAUUGAACGAUUUCCUCGCAGCGCUGGAGGGUGUGCGCGCUGUGCGCGAUGCCGUAAACGCCAUCGCCUCGUGUGAUGACGCGUGCAAGAAAUCAAGCGUUCUUCGUGCACUAUGCGUCGCCGGUGACGAGGCAGCGACGCACGAGGAUGUCUUCACAGCUACUGGAGGCGUGGCGAUUCCGGAUUUAAGCGAGCUCAAAGAUAUGGAGGCUGCUUUCGAUUGGAACGCUGCGAAGACGAAUGGGCGGAUCGAACCAGCGCGUGGCAUCGACGCUGAUUUGGACGCCGCCGAAGAUAAGCUCGCCGCGGCGGACGCUCAACUAGCGGCCUGGUUGGAGGAAGCACGCGUCCAGCUCGGAGGACACAAGACAGAGGUGUGCUUUGUGAACGCAAACAAAGACACGCACCUCGUCGAGGUUCCGGAUCGGUUAGCUGCAAAAGUCCCGCACAACUGGGUGCGAGAGGGUAAGCGUAAGGGUUUCGAGCGAUUCACGUGUGGAGAACUCGAACCUCUUCGCGCGAAGCGCGCGACGGCACAGGAGGCGCGUGAGGAAGCGCUGUCCGGUGUAUUUCGUCGCGUCGUCGCCAAGUUUUGCGAGAACGCCGGGAAGUGGCAAGCCGCUGCGAGCGUGGGUGCAGUCAUCGACGUUUUAUCUUCCUUGGCCGUCGCCAGUGACGAGAUGUACGCGUCUUGCAGCGCCGUGUGCACGCCCAAGGUGCAUCCAGCGCCUGCGCAAAGCGAAUCGGCCACGCUCGUGUCCAAAAACCUCUCUCAUCCCUGUGCCCUGUCGUUGGCGCGUUCGUUCGUCCCGAACGACGCUCGGCUGGGAGGGGAACACCCUGGGUUUUGCCUAAUCACCGGUCCGAACAUGGGUGGAAAGUCGACGUACAUUAGGCAGGUGUGUUUGGCUGCCAUCAUGGCUCACGUCGGCGCGGAUGUGCCAGCUUCUAAAUUCGAGAUGACCGCCAUGGAUGCGGUCUUCGUGAGAAUGGGUGCGAAGGAUAACCUCGCCGGCGGUCAGUCGACGUUCAUGGUGGAACUCAGCGAAACGGCGGCGAUGUUGCGUCGAGCGACGACGAACUCGCUCGUCGCGUUGGACGAACUCGGACGCGGGACGGCGACCGCGGAUGGCACCGCCAUAGCUUGCGCCGUCGCUUCGCACCUCAUCGAGAGGCGAUGUCGCACGCUUUUCAGCACGCACUAUCACCGCUUGGCAGAUGACCACGCGCGUGAUCCAAACGUCGCCCUCGCGCACAUGGCGUGCCGCGUGGAGACGCCGAGCGACGCGGGCGCGGACGCGUACGGGCGCGAAACCGUCACCUUCCUCUAUACGCUCGCGAGCGGAAACUGUCCGCGAAGCUACGGCGUGAACGUCGCUCGCUUAGCGGGACUUCCCGAGUCCGUCUGUCUCGCCGCCGCUCGAAGGGCUUCGCGUCUCGAGGCUGGGCAAUUAGAAAAACUCGUGGGCGACGCCUCGAGCCGAGCGCGGGCGACGACGGCGUGCGCGGACGUCCUUCGAGACUGCACCCUCGACGACCUCUCCAUCGACGCCGUGCGCGCGGCACAGCUCAAGGCGCGCGACGCCAUCGCGUACGCGACGCACGAUGACCCACCGAUGUGA